AUGGUUGGAACGUUUCUCGAAGCUAGUCAUCAAGGUCCUGGACAUUCCUUGGGAUUCUGUCAAGCAUAUCUCAUGCUCAAUGUCAGGUUGAAAGAAAGAGACAUCAUCUGCAAGAGAGGCGCGACCCAGCAGAUAGCCUCCAUACUCGAUUCGUUAGGAUUGUUCGUUCUGUUGUUGGUACAGGCGAAGUCUUUCCAGCAGAAGCUCUGA